AUGAUCGAUUUUCCGAGUCUAGAAGAAGCGAGAGCCCUGGUUAAUGCUUACGGAACUAAAUUGUCAGCGAUUCACCAUGUUGUCUAUACACCGACCAUACGCGCCUCGUGUGAAGAUAUCAUGAGGCGGAUAACCGUUCAUGAAUCUGUCUCAUCUGGCCAGGCUGCUCUUCUUCUUUCCAUCUUCGCCAUGACCUGCUGCUUUUCCUCCUACAUCAUGCAAGAGAGCCUCCCUCCGUUCCUCAAUAGUGUCGAGUUCGCUUCCCAUCUCUCAACACUAUGGGUUAAGUCUUCGCUAGACUGCAUCGACCAUUCGAGGAGAGCCAGGGGAGGCACAGUUGAAGAUGUUCAAGCAUCUAUCGUUCUAUAUCUUUUGGUCUUCAACCUGGAAGGUUACUCCCCUCGAGGACGGGCAAUUUUUCAAAAUGCCCUAUCAACGGCGCGGGAGCUCUCGUUACACCGUGUUGAUUUCAAAAGCUCAUCCGACGUGAAUCUCACGGAUAGUGAAUUCAUUCAGAAAGAGAUCAAGCGGAGGAUAUGGUGGCAUUUGGUCUCAUCAGACUGGCUACUUGCCCUCACAGGAGGCCCGCAGGAAGGCACUUAUCAGACUCAACCAGGCCACAUGGCGGUCAACCUUCCCCGGAAUAUCAAUGAUGAGGAUUUCAUCCAGCGGCCGCAUGACUACGAGAGACCUCUCUCUGAGCCCACAGCGAUGGCGUACUUCCUUCAUCGCGUUGCAUUCUCCGAGAUUUGCCGCAAGAUUGUCGAUACUCUCCCCUUUCAUGCGGUCAAGAGUGGAAAAUUCGAUUACAACCAGGUGCUCGAACGAGACCGGGAGCUGGAGGGGUUUUUGCAGAACCUCCCGGACUGCCUGCAGUUAGACGAUUCCGGUGCAAGUUUGGCGGAGCCCUCCAUCUGGCCGAUUCAACGAUACGUGAUGAAUCUCAACUUCCAUGCGCGCAGAUGUAAACUGCACCAACCGUUUCUGAUCCGGAACUCGACGAAUCCGGGAUACAGCCACUCUAGGACAGCCUGUCUCAGAUCCGCACGAGCCAUUCUCGCGAUUCAGCAGAAUCUGAAACUCGAGAUGGACCUGGCCACCAUCCCCCCCCUUCGGUUCAUCGUUAUUAUCCACUACUGCUUUCUCGCAACCACUGUGCUCGUAAUGGAUUUAUGCCUCAACCGGUCCAAGGAGACUGAAGAAACCCAGAUUGCCGACAUCAUGAGUGCGUACCGGUGUCUUCAAGAAGUCCAGGGAACUUUACCUGCCGUCGCAACAUUUCUAAAAGCUAUGUCCGAGUUGCUCGGGAGAUACGACAUUUCAAUUAACCACAACGCAACCCCGACGCGACUGGUGAAUGCGCAAAUGGAAAUUCCCACGGAUCUUGGCGACACUGGGACAUCUUCCCUUCCAUACUUUGAGCUCGGGGGUACGUGGGAAGACUUUGGCACCCUUGGACACGAGACGACGUACCCGAGUUGGGACCAGUUGUUUUCCGAAGUAGAGUCUCGUUUCAUUUAG